AUGGCCGAAACUGUUUCCUUACAGGAAAGUGUUUCCUUGCAGGAAAGUGCUUCCUUGCAGGAAAGUGCUUCCUUGCAGGAAAGUGCUUCCUUGCAGGAAAGUGCUUCCUUGCAGGAAAGUGCUUCCUUGCAGGAAAGUGCUUCCUUGCAGGAAAGUGCUUCCUUGCAGGAAAGUGCUUCCUUGCAGGAAAGUGCUUCCUUGCAGGAAAGUGCUUCCUCGCAGGAAAGUGCUUCCUCGCAGGAAAGUGCUUCCUCGCAGGAAAGUGCUUCCUCGCAGGAAAGUGCUUCCUCGCAGGAAAGUGCUUCCUCGCAGGAAAGUGCUUCCUCGCAGGAAAGUGCUUCCUCGCAGGAAAGUGCUUCCUCGCAGGAAAGUGCUUCCUCGCAGGAAAGUGCUUCCUCGCAGGAAAGUGCUUCCUCGCAGGAAAGUGCUUCCUCGCAGGAAAGUGCUUCCUCGCAGGAAAGUGCUUCCUCGCAGGAAAGUGCUUCCUCGCAGGAAAGUGCUUCCUCGCAGGAAAGUGCUUCCUCGCAGGAAAGUGCUUCCUCGCAGGAAAGUGCUUCCUCGCAGGAAAGUGCUUCCUCGCAGGAAAGUGCUUCCUCGCAGGAAAGUGCUUCCUCGCAGGAAAGUGCUUCCUCGCAGGAAAGUGCUUCCUCGCAGGAAAGUGCUUCCUCGCAGGAAAGUGCUUCCUCGCAGGAAAGUGCUUCCUCGCAGGAAAGUGCUUCCUCGCAGGAAAGUGCUUCCUCGCAGGAAAGUGCUUCCUCGCAGGAAAGUGCUUCCUCGCAGGAAAGUGCUUCCUCGCAGGAAAGUGCUUCCUCGCAGGAAAGUGCUUCCUCGCAGGAAAGUGCUUCCUCGCAGGAAAGUGCUUCCUCGCAGGAAAGUGCUUCCUCGCAGGAAAGUGCUUCCUCGCAGGAAAGUGCUUCCUCGCAGGAAAGUGCUUCCUCGCAGGAAAGUGCUUCCUCGCAGGAAAGUGCUUCCUCGCAGGAAAGUGCUUCCUCGCAGGAAAGUGCUUCCUCGCAGGAAAGUGCUUCCUCGCAGGAAAGUGCUUCCUCGCAGGAAAGUGCUUCCUCGCAGGAAAGUGCUUCCUCGCAGGAAAGUGCUUCCUCGCAGGAAAGUGCUUCCUCGCAGGAAAGUGGUUCCUCGCAGGAAAGUGGUUCCUCGCAGGAAAGUGGUUCCUCGCAGGAAAGUGGUUCCUCGCAGGAAAGUGGUUCCUCGCAGGAAAGUGGUUCCUCGCAGGAAAGUGGUUCCUCGCAGGAAAGUGGUUCCUCGCAGGAAAGUGGUUCCUCGCAGGAAAGUGGUUCCUCGCAGGAAAGUGGUUCCUCGCAGGAAAGUGGUUCCUCGCAGGAAAGUGGUUCCUCGCAGGAAAGUGGUUCCUCGCAGGAAAGUGGUUCCUCGCAGGAAAGUGGUUCCUCGCAGGAAAGUGGUUCCUCGCAGGAAAGUGGUUCCUCGCAGGAAAGUGGUUCCUCGCAGGAAAGUGGUUCCUCGCAGGAAAGUGGUUCCUCGCAGGAAAGUGGUUCCUCGCAGGAAAGUGGUUCCUCGCAGGAAAGUGGUUCCUCGCAGGAAAGUGGUUCCUCGCAGGAAAGUGGUUCCUCGCAGGAAAGUGGUUCCUCGCAGGAAAGUGGUUCCUCGCAGGAAAGUGGUUCCUCGCAGGAAAGUGGUUCCUCGCAGGAAAGUGGUUCCUCGCAGGAAAGUGGUUCCUCGCAGGAAAGUGGUUCCUCGCAGGAAAGUGGUUCCGCGCAGGAAAGUGGUUCCGCGCAGGAAAGUGGUUCCGCGCAGGAAAGUGGUUCCGCGCAGGAAAGUGGUUCCGCGCAGGAAAGUGGUUCCGCGCAGGAAAGUGCUUCCUGA